AUGCGUGUGAACAAAACCACUGUCCUGGUCGGGCAACGUGUGGUCCUUGUUCCCUAUCGGCGUGAACAUGUGCCUACCUAUCAUACAUGGAUGCAAGAUCCUGCCUUGCAGCAGCAAACCGCGUCUGAGCCUCUAAGUUUGGAAGAAGAAUAUGAGAUGCAGCAGAGCUGGAGGGAUGAUGCAGAUAAACUCACGUUUAUUGUCCUAGCCAAAGAGCGAGCCAUGAGUGAAGAAACUAGCGUCACAGAACUCCUUCGUGCCUGUUCAAUGGCUGGCGACGUCAAUGUGUUUUUAUCUGAACGGUACGAGGAUGAAGACGAUAUGGACGCACCGUCUACGACAUGGGGCGAACUGGAAGUUAUGAUUGCAGAGCCACAUUGGCGUCGGCAAGGAUUGGCACGUGAAGCCUUGCGUAUGCUCCUUCAUUAUAUCACCACAGAGCCUCCCAUGGCAUCGGAUGAGACGACGCACCCAUUCCCCCUGCCGAUGAACCGGCUUUUCGCUAGGAUAUCUAUGGACAACGAUCCAUCUCUGGCGCUCUUUUGCACGCUUGGGUUUUCACGUGUCAAGGAGAAUGCUGUCUUUGAAGAAGUGGAAAUGGGCCUGGCGCCAGGGCAGAUCAUCGAAACGCAAGCACCGCAGGCCAUCCUUUCAUGGCCGGAGGCCUAG